GGAGAUUCUUCAUCACUUCAACCAAGACAAGAUAAAGCCAAAGAAUGGCCACCAGAAGCUCCCAUCAUUGCAGCUCGAGCUUUGUCCUUCUGUUAUUGCUCCUCCAGCUUCUUUCGGGUCACGGUGAACUCCAGUCGAAUUACUAUGCCGAGAGCUGUCCGAACGCAGAAGAAAUCAUCAAACAAGAAGUCGCCAAACUCUACGAUGAACAUGGCAAUACCGCCAUCUCCUGGAUGCGCAAUCUCUUUCAUGACUGCAUGGUCCAAUCCUGCGAUGCCUCGCUUCUGCUAGAAUCGAAGCACGGGAACGGGAUUGUGUCGGAGCAGGCGUCUUCGAGGAGCUUCGGGAUGAGAAACUUCAAGUACGUGACCAAAAUCAAGGACGCUCUUGAGAACGAAUGCCCCACGACGGUCUCUUGCGCCGACAUCAUCGCUCUCUCGGCGAGAGAUGGGGUCGUUCUUUUAGGAGGACCACGCAUCGAAAUGAGAAGUGGAAGGAAAGAUAGCAGAGAAAGUCACGCGAGUGAGGUGGAAGAAUUCAUUCCUAACCACAACGAUUCGAUGGCGUUGGUGCUUUCUCGUUUUGAGUCUGUUGGCAUCGAUGUUGAAGGAACAGUCGCUCUCCUCGGAGCUCAUUCGGUUGGCCGAGUUCAUUGCGUCAACCUAUACGAUAGACUCUACCCUACUGUGGAUCCGACCUUGGACCCAGACUACGCCGAAUACCUAAAAGGCCGGUGUCCGAUGCCGGACCCGAAGCCGGAGAAAGUGCGGUACGCGAGGAACGACAGGGAGACUCCGAUGGUGCUGGACAACAUGUACUACAAGCACUUGUUGGCUCACAAGGGACUAUUGCUGGUAGAUCAGCAGUUGGCUUCAGAUCCAACAACUGCUCCCUUUGUGGAGAAAAUGGCCUCCGACAACGGCUACUUCCAGGACCAGUUUGCGAGGGGCUUGCUCACGUUGUCCGAGAACAAUCCUCUUACAGGAGAUGAUGGAGAAAUUAGGAAGGACUGCAGGUAUAUCAAUACAGACUGAAGAGAUGUUCGUGGGUGCGUUUCCAAGGAUUAAGUCUGAAGGACAUGGGUCUUUUCAAGCUUGAGAAGUAUUACAAACAUACAUGUUAAAAGUAUGUCUAUGUUCCUUUUUUUUCCAUUUGCAGAGACGGAACAAAUUUCAGUGCAUCAUAAUUUUCUGAUAUGAUUAGUGGUAAUAUGGUGCAAUUGACAAUUUGUUGGUCAAGUAACCGACGGCAAUUUACCGACAAUGUUAGCAAUUUAGCGAUAUUAAAUGCAACAGUGAGUUAUCGACUUUUUUUAACAAA